CUUCCCCUUCCAACUGUGCCCGCGUGGUUUGGGGAUUUUGGGUUUGGCGGGAGAUACCCUUUUUUCUUUGUAUGAAAUUCUCUGUUCACUCAAGAGUCUAGUUCCAAAUCAUGGAGGAAAUAUCCCCGUCUCCAGUCCGUUCGGCAUCGAUACAUCGCUCGAGAAGGACUAGGGCAUUGGCAUUCAAUGAAGAAAAGAAAACGACUUGGGCACGCACACGGAAACGCACCGGUGGCUACCAACCCAGAAAAGCAACUGAUGGCAGUGGAGAUAACCUUGGCUGCAACAGCGAUGGCUCAACCCGUAAAAUCCCGGAGCAGGGUCUAAAGCUGCCUAUCAUCAAAAGUUUGUAUUAUCUACUUGUCAAUUUGUCUCAAAAUGAACCAUUGAGCUGGAUUAACUGGGAAACGACUGAUUUGGAUCAAUUAGAUAGGCAAUUUUCUCAACUUCAGUUCAAAGGCACAUAUACCAUCUCUAGUGUGUUGUUCAAAGAACUUGAUAGAAGGUUCCGAGAACUAUUUUCUGAUUCACAUGAAGUUUCUGCUAGUUUGGCUCAUAGACACGCUGACCUGCAUAUGGAUAUGUCAACCUCUGCUGAAGAACUAACGAUGCUUUUACGAUGUUGUAUGGUGAUCUUGACAUUCCUUGGGCCUGAGCAUCGUCUUCUUAUGGGUCAAGAUAUUGUCUCGGUACUCAGUAGAUUGGUUUCUAUAUGCGUAAGUGAAGCCGAUGACAGAAGUCUUGUUGCUUCCACAUGCAUUUCAGAACCUUCAGAUCCUUGCCGUGCCCUUCUAUGCGCUCUACUUGAGGUAUCUGCAGAUGAGCUUUUGGCGCAUAAGAAUUUGAGAGAGUACUUCAUGCGAAUUGAUUCUGCAAGUGAAACUAUAUUUAAGCACCAUUUUGGUCUUGGUGAUCUUGGAUGUAUACUGGAACUGAUAUCAGCUCAUUUUAUUUUGUCAGUUUCUAACGAGCUAGCAUAUAAAAACUUCAUCAGCAGAUUAUUUUGGUCGUGCAGCAAAUGUUACAUGGAUCCUGAGAUGAGCCUGUCAUCUUCAUUAGCUUUGCUUCUGGACCCCAUCAUGCUUUCUGCACCAAAAAUGCUUCUGGCAUAUCAGAUUUUAUUGGUUUCUGAAUCCAUUGGUAUCAGCGUUACUUCAGACAAAAUGAGACCAGAUUUCGGACUCAUAAAUUACCACACUGCAUUUGAAAGGUCUGUGACCUUUUAUGCUAGACACAUUGCUAGCUUGCACAUGGAUUGUCAAACUUUAAGCACUGAUUUUCUUACAAAGUCACGUAUGCUUGGGAGUAAUUGUCAGCCCUUAUUUGAAACCUUUCUUUCUUCAGCUACAAGAGAAAAAUUAUUUCAUCUACUCACGAAGACCAAUGAUUCCUGUGAUUUGUCUUUUCGCAAUAUGUCCUCCUUGACAAAGUUGGACGUGGUGGCUGCAUCUAUGGCAUAUGUAAAAGAGAGCCUACCUGUUUUCAAUAGUACCUAUGAAGUUGAGAUCUUAUCAAUCUUACGUUUCAUAAUACUAAGGGUUUCUUCUGAUGAUAUCAAUGAUGCUGGAUUGCUUAAAAACAGGAAGACAAGCACCGAAGAUAUGUAUCUUAUGGCUUCUAUAUUGAAGUUAAUGAGUUGUUCGAUGUUACAAAUCCUAUGGUACUUAAGCCAUAGAGGGAAUUCAGGUUCUGUGCCAACCUCGAAAGAUGCAAUGUCAUGUAAGGAAUAUGAAGCUAUGAUGGGUAUUAUCGGCUGUUUUCAACAAUUUGGGGUCCAUCUUCCAGUUCCGAAGUUCUUAUACGAUAUUAUGGAAUCUCACCCUUCAAGGCACAAAGAGUCGAAGUGGAUGCUUUUGCAUUUUGCGAGCUUGCUGUCAUUUAGUUAUAUUAGCCUGAUUGAUUUCUUGGUGAAGGACUGCAUAUUUGCUAUGAUGGUCGUAUUAGUUUUAUUUACCUUUGAAGAGGGAAAUUUAGAUGCGCUGAGUUCAAUGUUGCAUUCUGGAUUGGAAUCAUGUACAUCUUCCAUGAAGAAAGAAAAGGUCAUGGCAGAUAAAAAAUGUAGCAAGACUAUUACAUCAAACUUUCACAAGAAUUGGAUGCACCUGAGGCGUUCUCUCAGAAUCUCUAACAAAAGAAUGCAAGACCAAGAAGACAUGGAGUCUGCUAGCAUAGAAGAGGAAUCAGAUAAAAGUUGCAAUGGUGAGAGUUUUCUACGGUGCAGGCUAGAAGGGUUGCAAAAAUUGUCCGAUGUUAGUGAUCUAGCGGAUUUUAUUAAGUGCCAGAGUGGGAAAGACUACUCUCUCUGGUUGAAAAAUCGUGAAAAAUUUAGACAAUGGAAGCUUGAGAGAGUCCAAGGCUUAAGAAGGAAAAAAAAGAAAAGCGUUUGGAAGUAUUUAAAAGGAAAGAAAUUGUAGAAAUGUGUGUCUUCUUUUUGUAUUUUGAAUGUGCAUGACUUUUGUAGCUUUAUUCUAUCAGUUCCUUCUCUUAGUCUGUUUCUUGUAAUCUUGUAUUUUUUUUUAAAUAGUCUUGUAAUCUUGUUUAUUAUGGACCUCUAAUACCAUUUCAAAUGACA